AUGCCGGGCCGCAACAACGAGGAGGAGGAGGAGGAGUCCGCCGCCAGCACACAUCAUCACCUCCACAAGACCCUCCUCUACAUGACUCUGUUCCUGUUCGCACUAUCCUCCACGAUCUUGGUCUUCAAGUAUGCCGUCACCGGGAUGAGCGCCGACGCCCUGGGUGUCCUUAACGCUACCGUCUCCGGCGGCUUCGGGUACGUGGGCGUCGCCAUGGGGUCGCUUCUACGUGCCCUCGAAAGCGGCAAACCGGGCCCUGAAUCUCUCGCCCUUGAGAUCUCGCCCCUCAUACCGAAAAUGGCGACUAUCCAGGCGUCCGUCGAAAAGGGAUUGAACGACAUGAUGCUCGUCAUGGACCUGAUGCCGCACGACGAGUUGUUCGAGUUCGGGUUCCCCUUCUCCGACGGGCCAGCUUCCAUCCUCGCAACGACCAACACCGAGUUCGACGAGAGCAUGAGCGACCAUCUGCACCGCGAGCGUCAGGCGAUGCGCCAGCUCCUCGCCGCCAUCGAGUCGCGUCCGGCGACGAGAUUUCUCCCUUCCGACCCCGACGCCGGCUGGUUUGCGCCCGUUGCUCGGCGAUUUAAUGGUCAGCCACGAAAGGAGAUGCUGGCUCGCUUUGACGGCUUCAUCCACGUCUUGGAGGACGCCAAGACAGCACGCCACCGAUGGAUCAAGCACCUCAGAUAUGAGGGCCAUUUCAUGGACGCCGUCAGAGAGCUCAAGAGGACUUCGUGCCAGAGCGCUUUGGGUCUAGGGACUUCGUGGACGGAAUUAAUCGGAACACGGUCCAGGGGCUGGUUGAUGUCCAGCAUGGACCCCCACGGGUUUGAGGCCCUCAUGCACGUUCUCGAGGCGACGCAGCCUCACAUGGACAUCCUGUGCAAGAUGGUUCACGAAGGGGAAAAGUCCAUCUCGCACGUGCGGGACCGGAUGACGGAAGACUUGCGCUUCAUCGGCGACGCGCUGCAGAUGUUGGCGGGCCAGCGGCGGGAGCUGGCGGAGCUGGCAAGCGGGCAGUUUAACCGGGAGGUUGUAAUGGAGGCUGAGGGUGGCUUAUUGAAGUUCACAGCCGAGCGCUGGUUCAACAAGACGUCUAAAUACCUGCCGCGCCUGGUCUUGUCGGCCUGCAUCUCCGACAUCAGGGCCUCGUCACAAUUUGGCGGUGGCCGUGCUACUCGCCCAGGCCGGAUUGGGGCACCGGAGGAAGCGGACGAAGGGGAGGUCAGUAUUGAUCCGCCUGGGCAGUGA